CAGUGAGCUGAGUACAUUGUGCUGAAGGAACGUUUUAUGCAAAGAAUUUUUUUCUAUUAUUUUUCAUGGUGCGUGGGCUUACACUGGAAGAUCUUUCUGAGAGAAGGCAGGAGAAUUCUGAUAGCUGGCAACAGCGUCUGUACGAAAUCCUUAAUAUUGUCUAGAUCUUGUCCAGCAAGUGCCACAACCAGGCUAGUUGAGCAGAAUGUACACAAUGAAGCGGCUCAGGGAAUAAAUGGAAGUGUGCCAGUCAAACAGUCCCCACGUUCAGCCUCAAAUCCAAAGCCACAAGUGCCUCCAAAGCCACUUCAUCUGCAGAAGCUAUCACCUGUUACAUACCAAACCUCUAGGCAUAAAGCUUUAUCAAGUUCGAAGCCAAGAAUGGAGGAAGAUACACCUACUCCUGUUUCUAGUGUCACAAAAGAAAAGUCCAGUAAAGUGUCAGAUCUCAUCCACCGUUUUGAGGGAUGCAGCCCAUUCAGUCCUAUUGACUUGAAGAAAGAUUCCUCUGCUCUCAAUGUCUCUAAAUCUCACGGAAGAUAUGGGUCAACGCCACCACCUCAGCCAAAACUCCCCUCCCAACACCCACUGCUAAAACAGGGAAACAGUAAUACCGACAAAACUCAGGUUGCACAGACACACACGGCCAAUGGAGUAGUAGCACAAGACCAGGAAUGUGAGGACAGAAGGAUACUUGGCAGAGAUUCUACUGUGUCCAUCCUGGUUCCAGAUAAUUCCAUCAACAGCAGCUUGAUAAAUGGAGAAAGAAUAAGCACAUCCAGAGAUUCUCUGGAAACUACAACUUCCUAUGAAGGAUCAGUACUUAACAGCUGCUACAGGACUCCAAGCAGUGAUACACUGCUCCCAUCUGACAAUGAAAUUAAUACUAAUGUGGAGGAAGAACCGAAUGAGGAAAUGAUCAAACAAGACCAACCUGCAGAAACAAAGGAGACAGAUGAACAGAAACGUCACAAAAUUGCCAGUGAACUUCUGCAAACAGAAAAAGCCUAUGUUAGCCGCCUUGGCCUCCUAGAUCAAGUAUUUUACUCCAGACUCCUUGAAGAAGCCAACAGAGGUUCUUUUCCAGCUGAAGUGAUUAACAAAAUCUUUUCUAAUAUUUCAUCAAUAAAUGCCUUCCACAGUAAAUUUUUACUUCCCGAACUUGAGAAAAGAAUGCAAGAAUGGUCUACCACCCCCAGAAUUGGAGAUAUUCUGCAGAAAUUAGCUCCUUUUCUCAAGAUGUACGGAGAGUACGUGAAGAAUUUUGAUAAUGCAAUGGAAUUGGUGAAAACAUGGACUGAACGGUCACCUCAAUUCAAAUUCAUCAUUCAAGAUAUUCAGAAGGAAAAAGUGUGUGGAAGUUUGACAUUACAACAUCACAUGCUAGAGCCUGUACAACGCAUUCCACGCUAUGAGAUGCUUCUAAAGGACUACCUAAGGAAAUUGCCUCAGGACUCCCUAGACUGGAAAGAUGCUGAAAAGUCCCUGGAAAUUAUAUCCACUGCAGCAAGCCACUCAAAUAGUGCAAUAAGAAAAAUGGAGAAUCUAAAGAAAUUGUUAGAGAUAUAUGAGAUGCUGGGAGAAGAGGAAGACAUUGUGAACCCUUCAAAUGAACUGAUAAAAGAAGGCCAGAUCCUUAAACUUGCUGCUCGCAAUACAUCUGCUCAAGAACGGCACCUUUUCCUUUUUAACAAUAUGUUGCUCUACUGCGUCCCCAAAUUCAGCUUGGUAGGAUCAAAGUUCUCAGUUCGAACCAGAGUUGGCAUAGAUGGUAUGAAGAUUAUAGAAACUCAUAAUGAAGAAUACCCACACACUUUUCAAGUGUCUGGAAAAGAGCGAACGCUGGAGUUGCAGGCCAGUUCUGAACAAGACAAGGAAGAAUGGAUAAAGGCGCUUCAGAAUACCAUAGAAGCUUUUCAGCAGAGAAAUGAAACUUUCAGAAAUGCUAUUGCUAAGGAAUAUGAAGACAUGCCCGUGGAGGUUUCUAACGCUGAGCUUGGGAAAAGGGCGCCAAGGUGGAUCCGAGACAAUGAAGUAACCAUGUGCAUGAAAUGCAAGGAGCCCUUCAAUGCACUGACAAGAAGGCGGCACCACUGCCGAGCGUGUGGACACGUGGUUUGCUGGAAAUGUUCUGAUUAUAAGGCACAUCUUGAGUACGAUGGCAAUAAAUUGAAUAAAGUUUGUAAGGACUGCUAUCAUGUUAUAAUUGGUUGUACUGACAGUGAGGAAAAGAAGAAGAAAGGCAUCCUGGAGAUCGAAUCUGCUGAAGUCUCUGGAAAUAGUGUCAUAUGUAGCUUUCUUCAGUACAUGGAAAAAUCAAAGCCCUGGCAGAAAGCAUGGUGUGUUAUACCUAAACAGGAAGCUGUUGUCCUGUACAUGUAUGGUGCUCCACAGGAUGUUAAAGCUCUGGCUACCAUUCCACUUCUGGGCUAUACAGUGGAUGACACCCCAAGAAGUGCUGACCUCCCACACAGCUUCAAACUGACCCAGUCGAAGUCUGUGCACAGCUUUGCUGCAGACAAUGAGGAACUAAAACAGAAAUGGUUAAAAGUUAUCCAUUUAGCUGUCAAAGGUGAGACAUCAGAAUGUCAAAAUGAACUGCAAGUGAAUUUAGAAGAACAACCCGAACCUUCUAAAACGUCUGAAUGCUGAAGCUCAAGAACACGUGGUGUUUUUAAAAAAUUCAAUUGAAUUUGUGGUUAACCUUUGAGGAAGGCUAAGCUCUUAACCUUUCUUUGCUCAAUCAAACAAAAAGAAAAAAACAAAAACAGAACUUCUUACUACCAUAUAUGUCUUAGCACUUUAUGUUUGGGAAAAAUUCUGGUCUUUCUUAGGGAUUUCUUUCGUAUAUUUAUGUUCUGUCAAGAAGAGUGAUGUACAGGUCCACUUCAGAGACUUUUAAAAAAUGUGAAUACUAUUAAGAAUACCUACUAACUUUACCAUUCUACUUGUUGAUUGUGAUGCAGAUUUUCUUUUUGGAAGUUGCUAUUUGAUUCAUGUUUGCUACUAUCAUCAUGAGUGCAAAUACUGAAGCUUCCUGCUUACGUAUUAGGAGUUGCAACAGGAUAAAAGAUAUACCUCCACAUUGCCAAAAUAGAUCUGUAGUUAAAUAUACAGGGAUAGUUUGGUUUAAUGUAAGUAGUUUGUAGGCUGAAUUCCACAGAUCUGUACAUAUGUUGUAUUCAUUUGUUUCUUUUUAAUUAAAGUAAUGUAAAUUGCUUUUACAGGUAUACUGGCUUUUAAAGUUUCAGUUUAUCAAGAAAACAAUAUAAUGAUUUUCAGUCUAGAAAGGAAUACAUAAAAGAUGAGAAGUAUAUAAUAUAUG